AUGGCACCAUAAAAGAAGAUAUUGAAUUAGAAAACAUUGAAGACCCCGAAUUGGAAAGCGUAGAAAGUCCCGAAUUAGAAAGCAUGGAAGGUCCCAAAUUAGAAGGCAUGGAAGGUCCCGAAUUAAAAGGCAUGGAAGGUCCUGAAUUAGAAGGCAUAGAAGGUCCCAAAUUAGAAAGCAUUGAAUGUUCUGAAUUUGUUGACAAUGAAUUAGGUUCUGAAUUUGGAUGUUUUAAAUUUGGUGACGAUGAAUUAGGUUCUGAAUUUAGAUUAGAGAAUUUUGAAAAAAUUAUAGAAAUUAGUGAUUCAGAAUCAAUUGAAAAUCGAUAUACUGCUAUUCAAAAGGAAAAUGAACAUGGAUAA